GACUGAAUUAAAGAAAACUUGAUUUGGUUCUGAGUGUACUGCGUAAUAAUGGCUGCACCUGUGAAAGCAACACUAAAACAAGUCAAACCUCUUUUGUCACUUAAUCCAACAGAUGCUCGUAGAAGAGCUUUAACAUUAUAUAAAGCAUGGUAUCGACAAAUUCCAUAUAUCAAAUUAGGUUAUGAUAUCCCAAAAACAGAAGAAGAAUGUAAACGAAAGUUGAAAGAAGAGUUCAGACGUAAUAGUACUGUUAGAGAUUUAAGAGUUAUAGAUAUGCUCAUUAUUAAGGGACAAAUGGAUCUUCAAGAAAUGGCUAUGUUAUGGAAAACGAAUGGAAGUGUUAUGAAUUAUUGGAAGGAAACAUGGGAACCAAAGCCAACAGAUUUUAUGUCAAAAUUUCUUACAGGACAGGAGUGAAGUUUGUAUUUAAUUCUAAUAGCAUUAAUGUAGUAGAUAAUUAAAGAAAUUAAUGUACAAAAUAUAAGUUACUAAAAGAUGUAUACAUUGUGUGUAUAAAAGCUGAUCAUAAAAUAAAAAUAAGAAAGGGAAACAAAA